AUGUCGUCGUCCCGUGAUGUCGAAGGCGAGACUGCCCUCGCGGAUAUGGUUGUCUCUGGUCGUCAGUCUUAUGAGGCGCAGCAGUACAAACGGGCUCUGGAACAGUUCACACGAGCAAUGAAAUACUGUCCUUGCGCUAGGGGGGUCAAACGUGAGAGGUGUACAUGCAAGAAUUUUGAAAGGGUCGCUGCUGAGGAGGGUUCCAUCUUCAAAGAAGCCAUGUAUAACUGCAAAUGCGACGUCGGGAGGACCUUCAACAAGUGUGACAAUAGGAACCACAUCCAGGCCUUGGAUUACCGAGCUGCCACAUUUGAAGCAUUGGGUAAACUGGAUCGUGCCAAGAAAGAUGCCGAAUGGAUUUUGGAGCUGGCUCCAAGACUUCCAGAUCUAACGCUACUCUUGAGAGCAUCCCCGUGCUUAGAAUACUUGGAAAUCGGCCCACAAUUCGAUAUCCUAAUGUUUCCACCCAAAGAGAAUAUGUGGACAAAGCUACGGCAUGUUUCUAUCAAUGGCACUGGUGAUCCCGCUAAACCGGCUUGGAGUACACCCGUAAUUCCAAUAGGCGGAUUUCCCCUGGCGUUUCUUAACAACGCUGCGGCUUCGCUGGAGCAUCUUGUUCUCACCGGAAUACCAGAGCAGUGGUAUAUGACACAGUCUGUGCCGUUUCUUCCCAACCUAAAGACCUUGCGGAUGUGCAACAUUUCUACAUUACGCCAGUCAUUUCCUAUAUUUUUCCUCUCUGACGCCUUCCCUCGACUUGAGCAACUCUGGAUCGGCCCCAACAUCCCAAACCUUGACUCAAACUCCCUAUCCGGCUGGCGAGAAAAGUGGCAUACGAUGUGGAACCAUCUCAAAGUCCUCAUAUUUGAGGAAUCAUCCGUUGUCGGCCCCAUUUCCCAAGUCGAGAAUUCGCUCCUCACGCUGCGUCUUUUGACAUGCCUAAACAACGGCAACUCCCUACAACACAUCCGCUUCGACAUCCCCUCAGACAACGAGGAUCGACAUGGCAGGCAUCGCGUAUUCAGCAACAGUCGUACUUUAUACGGUGAUAUUGAUAUACCCCAAUAUCCCGAAUUUCGGAACCUUCACUCACUCGCCUCCAAGUCCUUGUGCAUCUCCCCAGACAUAUUAAGAAUCGUAUUUUCUGAUGCUUUGAAUAUGGGAAAAAUACAAUCAUUUGACAUUGUAUUUCCAAUAGAGUCACUGAACGAUCGUAUCGGAGACAGGAGCAUUACUCACCUCAAGGGAUACGAAUGGCUUCGUGGCGCAGCAUCUAUCACGUCCAUGGGCUGCUACAGGUUCCGAUUUAGAUCGUACCCCCGAAACGAUGAUGACCUACCACUUCCCCCAUUUCUGGCGAGCUUUCCGAAUCUCAAAACGCUGAGUAUUUUCUCGGAGCAUUAUGAGGAGGCGGAAUUUGCUGGCGUAGUGGCAGCCAUUCUGAAGGUGACUACAUUAAAGACAAUCUAUACAACAUCGGUCAAAGGCGCGGUUAUGGAUCAGUUGAGGACGGUUGCAGAGAGCCAGGGCGUCAAGUUGAUAUGGGGGCAUCAGCCACAGGCAUGGCCGGUGCCAUUGGAUGAAUCGUAA